UUUUCUCUUGUUUUGCAUCUGCUUAAGUAGGGAUAGAGAGAGGAGAUGCAGUUGGUAUGAGAUUCUCAAAGGAAAAAAUGGCAGGAUUUAACAGCAGGAAGAGGCCCUAUGGCUUGCUCCUUCUACUGGCUCUCGCCAUGGCGGCGACCUGCGCGGUGGUGCUUCACCAGCUCAGGGAAGGCAGAGUUCUCGGCCUUCUGCUCCAGGAAAGAGACCGGCAGCUUCUCAACUUUCAGAUAUUAUUGCAGAAAGAAAGAGAAAACUCAAAAGAAAUGAAAAGAAAAUUAUAUGAUAUGAAAGCAAAGAUUUUUACUUUUAGAAACCAAAAGAUGGAGCUUACUGAUAAGCUCGCCGAGGCUCGGAACACUGUAGCUCAGCUUAAGAAUCUGAAGACUGAGCUGGAAGCAGCUUUAGUGGAGAAACAAAUCCAAGUUGACAAAUUAACAGAUAAAACAGAAGAAUUCAUCUCAAUAAAUCUCAAAUUUGCAAACCUAACAUCACUUCUGAGGGAAAAAGAAGCUGAAGUUGAAGAAAUGAAGAGAAGUCUUGCAAGAGAAGAUCUGGCAGAGAAUUCAACAGCACAGAAUGAAAAUUCUCAAUCUGAAAGCUUUAGUAUUAGUGAGGAAAGAAGAGGAGAAUGGGCUGAAGUUCAGAAAAAGAAGGAUGAAGUUGGCCUGAAAGCUGAAAAUGCAAGCAGUAUGGAUCAAAAAGAAGCUCAAAAAGUUCUACAAUAUAAUCUGAAAAAUCAAACUUUGGGUUUUAAAGAAAUGAAUGUAACAGGUGGUGGUGAAGGCGAUGCAAAAACAAGCGAAGAAAUGGAGAAUCAAAUGAAAGAAAAUGAGUUAAAUAGAACUGAAAGUGCAGUGAAAGACAUUGUUAGAGAUGAUAGGAUAAUUGGGUCUUCUUCAGGUCAGAAUCAGCAUGAUUUGGCAGAGAAACCUCAAGUUACAGAAGUCAUGAAAAAUUUCUCAAUCGAUAAUAAAAACACAGCAGAUUCUGAAACUGGUGAAAGAAAACUUCCCAGCUUGAAAGAAGAAAUGGAAGGGAUUGAAGAAGUAAGAGAAACCAGGGGAAAUAAAAAUCCAGAAACUAAGAAUGACAAACCAGAAGAUCAGAAGGAGAGAGAUGAUGAUAACUCAGAAGAAGCAGGAGAAAGUAGCAGCUCAAAAGAUCUUCAGCUUCAAGAAAUUAAUAGCUCUGAAAGUAUUCGAAGUUCUCAAGAGAAUGGAAAUGGCUUCACUGAAACAUUACAGAAGGAAGCAGGAAGGGAAGCAAAAUUCAUGGGGCAGUCAGAAACUGUAGAAAAUACUGAAGAAAGUGAAACAAGAAGGAAGAACACUGAUGAGAAGCAAGAAGAACCUGAAAGUCAGCCUGAGAAAGCUGAGAGUUUUGAAAACAAACAGAAUAUAUUUUCUUCUGACACCGUUGAAAGAGGCAACUCGAACAACUUCAUCGAAGACGAACGCUAGGAAUAAAAAGAAAACAUGUGUGCACUAGCUGAUAAAGCUGAAAUUUAGAUUUCUAUAAUUUUUGUUUAGUCAUGGUUACAACUUAGCAGUAUUUCGAUCUUGUUUUAUGGGAUUUAUAAAAUCCAACUUGUAGCCAAACAGCAACUAAAUUAAAAAUAAAAAAAAUUGGG